GAAAGCAGGACAGGUCUCUUGGUGUAGAGAGCAGAACUGGUACUGCAAACCAUGCUGCAAUCCAGGGCAUUGGUGAUAGCUCUGAUCCUGCUCCUUAGCACCACUCUCCCUGAAGUGCACUCAAAGUCCAUCUUUGAGAGAGACCGCCGUGACUGGUUGGUUAUCCCCGAUGCAAUUGCAGCUUACAUCUACGAAACUGUGAGUAAGAUGUCUCCUAAAGCCGGCCAGUUCUUGGCGGAUGCUGCCCAGACUCCAGUAGUUGUUGUGACCAGGAACUUCCUCAUCAGAGAAACAACUAAAAUCAGUAUACUGGCUGAACAGCUGAUGGAAAAAAUAAAGAACCUGUGGUACACAAAAGUCCUAGGCUACUAGCCAGAUGAAGACAAGUCAGUGUUUCUGAUGUGAGUUGGUAACACCCUGCAGUGUCCUCUUUCCUCCUGCCCCUACUACGGACCAAGAUCAGUCAAUACGACAGAAUUGAUGCUCCUCUUAAUGCCACUAGAGGGAACCCAGCUUCAAAGACCAAAGGGUGGAAGGCAUGUGCUUGAAGUCUCUCCCCGAAAAAAACCCGCGGCUGGGCAUGGGGAAGGCAAUGAGAUUGUAGAGCUCAUCUGUAGCCAAAUCUUGAAAAUUAAUUCCUCCUGAACGGCUUGGCCAUUGCCCCUCUAAUAAAAAAAAAUGUUGGUUGUUACACUUC